UGUAAGGAAUAUUUAAGAUUGGUCAAUUCCUUUAGUUAGUAAUACUUAAACCGAUUUAACAUACCCGCGUAAACGUAGUCCAUAAGAGCCCUAUCAUGCUCGCCACAAGCGUACGAUCCAACUUUUGACCACUGAAAUAUACAUAUAAAGAAAGAGGAAGAAGUUAAAUUUCUGCUUGGAGUAAAAGUGAUGAAUUUUUUCUUUGACGUUGUGUUGAAUGCAUUUAUUAGGAUGUUACAACUAUUUUGGUUUGGCAAACGAAGAAUAUCCAAUUCAUUAAGUAUUUACGUCAAAACAAACGAAGGAAAUACUUUAUGUGUCGAUUUGGAUCCAAAGUGGGACAUUAAAAACGUGAAAGAAGUUGUAGCACCUCGGCUUGGUAUUUUGCCCGAAGAUUUGAAAGUUAUAUUAGCUGGGAAAGAAUUACAUAAUUCCACAAUUAUUGAGGAAUGUGAUUUAGGCCAACAGAGCAUUUUACAUGUAGUACGAACACAACCAGGUCGAAAUCGGACGCGGAAAUUGAAUUUACCUCAAGACACAAUUGAGGAAUUAGCUUCUGAAAAUUCUGAUGUGAAUGAAAGUGGAAGUAAGCCUAUGAAUGAGACUUUGACUGACUUACCUCUAGAAGAAGCUGAAGAAUCAGUUACCACUAUAAGUGAACAAGAGCAGGAAGAAAAUCGCGCACAUUUCUACGUUUAUUGUUCUGCACCAUGUAAAUCUGUGCAGCCUGGUAAACUAAGGGUACGCUGUGAAAGAUGUAGUAGUGGAGCAGUCACUGUUGACCGAGAUCCUCAGUGUUGGCCAGAUGUACUACUGCCACAGCGCAUUACUGUGCACUGUGAGAAUGAUUUCUGUCUGCCUCCUUUAUCAGUAACACAUACUGAAGAAAUUGAAUCACAAAUUCUAUAUGCUAAGUUUUAUUUCAAGUGUGCAAACCAUACGAGUCUUGGUGAGACUGAUGAGUCUGUACCAUUGUAUCUGAUUAAACCUAAUCUUAGAAAGGUCCCGUGCCUUGCUUGUACAGAUAUUAGAGAUACAGUAUUGGUAUUUCCAUGCGAAGCAGGCCAUGUAACCUGUUUAGACUGUUUUUGUGAUUAUUGUACAGCUCGAUUACAUGAUCGACACUUUGAAUUUGAUACUGUUCAUGGGUAUUAUACACUUCCAUGUCCUACAGGAUGUCCUGAUUCUUACAUACUGGAAGUUCACCACUUUCAUCUUUUGAACGCACAUCAGUAUGAGCAGUAUCAACGUUUUGGCACAGAGGAAUAUGUUUUAAAAGCUGGUGGACUUUUAUGUCCACAACCAGAUUGUGGAAUGGGAAUAAUUCCACAGUCUCCAGACACUGAUACUACCGACGAGGAAUGUCGUAAAAUUCAGUGCAUUGGCGGUUGUGGUUAUGUUUUUUGCCGAAGGUGCUUGCAAGGAUUUCACGUUGAUGACUGCGAAACACAGCACCCAGUAUUGUCUAGUUCUCAGAAUCCUGCUACUGGUACAUAUGCUGUAGAUCCAUUGAAAGCCAAAGACGCAAAAUGGGAUGAAGCUAGUAAGAAAACAAUUAAAGUGUCAACAAAACCAUGCCCUAAAUGCAGAACACCUACUGAACGAGACGGCGGUUGCAUGCACAUUGUUUGCACAAGAGCUGGUUGCGGUUUUCAGUGGUGUUGGGUUUGUCAAACUCAAUGGACAAGAGACUGUAUGGGAAACCAUUGGUUUGGUUAAGAUAUCUUCCAAAAAACAGGAUAAUGGUCAAUAUUUUUUAAUGUUACAUUGAUAAAACGAUUUAGUAGCAUCGUAAUAAGCAGAUUAUAUUGCACUAUAAUAGCUACAGAAAUUCUGUAAAUAAUUAUUGGUCAGAAACUGGUUUGUAAGUUUUCCGUUUUUGAUGUGUUUGUGAAAAUCCUUUCUUUUAAUUUAAAGUUAUGCUACAAUAGUGUUAAGAUAUAGCAAUUUAAAAAAAAUAUAUCUACGGGCUUAGUUAUUUCAAC